CUUCCGACUAAUUUGAGAACAUUCCAUAGUGGCUGUUUGAAAGACUUUCAUUGAAUUUCAACUGGGUUGGCGACCCUAAGUAUUCAAGCUUUAUCAGCUUAUUCCAACUUUCUUUAAUUUUCUACACGCAAAAAUCAUAUAUGUAGAACUGACUUUACCCUUCUACAUAAUCCAGAACCCCACUAACUAAAAACGAAACGAAAAUUCCAUCCUCUCCUCUUCGUUUUCACGUGAAACAGGUUAUGGGCCUUCUGGUGUUUCCACUGGGUUGUCUAGAAUAGUCCGUGGUCGUCAUCUAUACUCUGGUAGAUAACUACAUCGCCACAUUUUCGGUUAAGAUCUAACAUAAGAUGUACAAAACAUCACUCCUGAUUGCUUCAAUCACAUUUUUACUACUUGUAUCAAGCUCAAAUGGGGAUGCGAGAACCCAAGUCAUCAAGUUGUUUUGUGAUGAACAAAUCCAUGAGGAUGACACAUACUUCGUCCCAAAUUAUGUCCAAGCAAUGGAAAUAGUUAGCACCCAAAUGCGAACAUCACAUAACGCAACAGUAGAAGUAGGCACGGGAUCCAACACAAAUUACGUACUCUUCCAAUGCUACGAUGAUCUUUCUUCACAAGAUUGUGUGUUAUGUUAUGCGGAAACUCGUACUGUUUUUCCAAGUUGCUAUCCACGUAAUGGGGCUCGAAUUUAUCUCGACGGUUGUUUUAUGCGGCUUCUAAAUUAUAGCUUUUAUGAAGAGUAUACGGGAUCUUAUGACACAAUUGUUUGUGGGAAUAUAACGAGGGAGAGUAUAGAGUUUCAAAAUUCGACGAAACAGGCAGUAUUGAAUGUGGUAGCAGAUGCAUUGAGUAAUGAUAUGUAUUUUGGUAGAGGAGAGGUGGUGGCAACGAGUGGUAAUAAGUCAGUUUAUGUGAUGGCAAAAUGUUGGACGACUUUAAGUCUAGGGGAUUGUAGGAAGUGUUUGGAGAAUGCAUCUGAGGUCAUAUCAAAAUGUUUUCCAUGGUCAGAGGGUAGGGCGUUGAAUACGGGGUGUUUUAUGAGGUAUUCCAAUACGGAUUUUCUAAAUCCUCUACCAUUGACAAGUGGCUCGAAAAGUAAAGGGAAGACGACAACAAUUAUUAUUUCCAUUAUUAGUAUUGUGGUGGUUUUGGUUGUUGCUUUGACGAUUGCUUUAUACAUCAGAAGACGCAGAUAUAUACAGCAGAGGAGAAGAGGCUCUUAUGAUUCUGAGAAAUUGGCUAAGAUUCUCACUGACAGUAGCUUAAACUUCAAAUACUCCACAAUUGAGAAAGCCACAACAAAUUGGGAUGAGUCUAACAAGCUUGGACAAGGAGGAUUUGGAACUGUCUACAAGGGGGUACUUUCAGAUGGAAGAGAAAUAGCUGUGAAGAGGCUCUAUGUCAACAACAAACUCAGGGCAGCUGAUUUCUACAACGAAGUUAACAUAAUUAGUAGUGUUGAACACAAAAACCUCGUGAGGCUUUUAGGAUGCAGUUGUUCAGGACCCGAAAGCAUUCUUAUAUAUGAAUAUCUUCCCAACAUGAGCCUCGACCUCUUUAUUUUUGAUGCAAUAAAAGGAAAGAAACUAAACUGGGAGAAGAGGUUUCAAAUCAUUAUUGGCACAGCAGAAGGCCUAGUGUACCUUCAUGAGAAUAGCAAGACCCGAAUUAUUCAUAGGGAUAUCAAAGCUUCUAACAUCUUGUUAGACGUGAGACUUCGUGCUAAAAUAGCUGAUUUUGGAUUGGCCAGAUCUUUUCAAGAUGAUAAAAGUCACAUCAGCACUGCCAUAGCAGGAACACUUGGAUAUAUGGCUCCAGAGUAUCUGGCCUAUGGUCAGUUAACAGAAAAGGUAGACGUCUAUAGCUUCGGUAUUUUACUUCUGGAAAUAGUCACAGGAUUGGAAAGCAACAAAAGCAAUGCACUAGAAUAUACCGACAACCUAGUCUCUACUGCAUGGGAGCUCUUCCAGAAAGGUACAGUGGAGCAAAUCUUUGACCCGAACCUCUCGAUGGAUGUUCACCCAAACACCGUUUUCAAAAAAGUCGCUAUAAAAGUGGUACAUGUAGGACUUCUUUGCACCCAAGAAGCUCCAUCUUUAAGGCCAACAAUGUCAACUGUACUAAGAAUGUUGGCAAAAGAGGAUGAACAUUUACCCCUCCCUUCUAAUCCCCCUUUCGCAGACGAAAAAACCAUGGAACUCAACAACAUUACACAAAAGUUGCUUCAUGAUCACGAGGGAGAAAGCUCUUAUUCAGUUGCUACAGUUUCUCAUAGUGAGUUCUAUCCGAGGUAACGGCAGUGAUCUAUUUUUGAUAAUGAGGUCAUUUACGUCAUUUGUGUAGACAAAAGAUCAAGAGAGAGCCAUGUACUCACACCCCACCUUUUUGGGUAGGAAAAAAUGGAACACAUGUCCCAUUAACAUCAAUUUAAAGCAAGACAAACACAGUACAACAUAUUCUAUCAUAUCUCAUGAUAUCAGUGUGGGUCACUAUGAAAUCACCAGUACGGUCCCUAGUCUCAACAUUUUGAUAUCAUGAACAAAGGGCAAAUUUUUUUGUAGGAUUAUUUCUGGAUUUUAUGUAUUUUAGUUAGGUAA